AAUAAUUAUUAUUAUAAAAUAAAACACUGUGCACACACUAUUCACUGUCAUUUAUGUCACCCUGUAGCAGCUCACAUGUUCACUCAACCAACAGCUGUCAAAUUUUUUCGGUAAAAUCGUAAACAAAUUGUAGCAGCAGAAUGGACUGUAGUAGCAACACAGAAACGUUGGAGAGUCUGAGAAGAAUCGAAAUAUUCUUGCAAUCGCCACCGCUGGAUGACACAAAUACGCUACAAUAUGUUGAACAAUUGAAAGUGUUGCGAAAUCUUUGUGCCGUAGAUCCGGCGCACCAAAAUGCAAUUGCUGAACAUGAGCAGUUCAAUGAACAGCUGCAUCGGUUACUCUUCGAUAGCAGCAUUACGCCUAGGCCACCACAAAAUCUACAACUAAUGGCGCUGCAGUUACUCGCCAAUGCUAUUGUGCAAAAUCCAAACUCGCAACGCAAUAUUUGGAAACGGCAUGGCGCUGCUAUUGUGGAGUGUGUAUCCGUGGUGCCACUAGGACGUCAUACAAAUAUACUGCUUAUGAUUGUGUACAAUGUGUUGAGAGGUGCUGCAGUGGCGAAUAUGGAGCAACAGGCAUUGUGUGCUGCAGUUCGCGUUUGGCAAACAAUUGUGGAUGAACGCAGCGAAGACAACUAUGAGUUUCUACAUUUUCUGUUUGAACAUUUCAUUGUGCAUGGCGGACAUAAUACCGUACGAUAUUAUGCACAUUUAACGGCUGCCGAACGCAUUUCAUUUCUUGAAUAUUUGAUGCAUUAUCUACGACAAGAUAGUCCCAAUGGGCACAUACAUCAGUUCCUGUUGAAAUACAUUACCAAGGAGUUCAAUAUAAAGUCCGAUCGUAUAUUAGUUUGCAAACCCGACAGCGCACAGGUGCCUGCUACAGAUCCAAUGCCUGCACGUGAAGCUUAUGCGCUGCUGCGUGUAAUUGCUAGCGCAACUGGGAGUGAAUUCUAUGCAGAUAAAUAUGUGGGUGAACAAUCGCUAUUCUUGAACGUGAGUAGCCUGUUACGUUGCUUGGCGCAAGUGGGCAAAGAGUCGCAAAAUAUGUUCACACCAAUGAAUAAAUUGGAAGAAGUCGCGCUCACAUCGAACAAAACGCGUGAGUUCGAAACGGAGUUGUCCUUUGAAUUGAAAACAUUGUUGGUGCGUUGCAUUGCGAACUUGCUUUAUAAGAAUCCUGCCAAUCAAGGUUACUGCAUAGACACACAAUUGUUGCCCACGCUCUUGGAAUGCACCAAUAUGGAUGCAAGAAAUCCAUUACUCAAAGAGUGGAGUAUAUUGGCCAUACGUAAUGCUUGCUACGGUUGUCCCGAAAUUCAGGCAUUGAUUGCGAAUAUGACAAAUCAAGGCGCGGCACAAAAUGAUAUUAUUGACGAAUUGAACCUGGAUAUGGGUGCUUUGCGUAUUAAACCUACUCGAUGAAGUUAUUCGUCCAAUUGUAAUACUAAAUUUUGUAUUUUUUUUUUUUAAAUAAAUUUUAAUUUUAUAACCUAGAAAAA